AUGGUUGGCAGUCCGCCAAAGCCUUUCACAGUCGUUUUCGACACAGGAAGCGGGCACUUGAUCUUACCGAGCUCGUAUUGCCACACUGCCACAUGCAAGGUGCAUCGCAGGUACAGGCGUAGCUCUUCCAGCACGGCGCGCGACAUCGACUGGGAUGGCCGUGUGGUCAAGGCUGGUGAAGCUCGAGACCAAAUUACCGUGUCUUUUGGCACUGGGGAAGUCACCGGAGUUUUCAUGGAGGAUGACCUGUGCUUUGGACAGCGUGGACCGGGCAUGGACAAGAGCAGCACCAACGUGCCAGUCGCAGGACAUGGUGGAGAAAACUGUGUGAGCAUGAGAUUCAUCGCCGCCACAGAUAUGUCUGCCGAUCCAUUCAAGGAUUUCGUUUUCGACGGGGUGCUUGGCCUGGGAUUGGAAAGCCUCUCUCAAACCUCUGCCUUCAACUUUCUGCAGGUGGCUGCUGGGCUUACGAGUGCGCGUGGAAGUGACUUCAGCAAAACGUUUGGCAUCUUCUUGGCAACUCAUAACGAAGAGACCAGCCAAAUCACGAUGGGCGGAUGGGCUGAAGAGCACUUGCAAGAAGAGGUGAGCUGGAGUCCAGUGCUGGAUCCGGAAUUGGGACACUGGCUUCUGAAGAUCCAGGCCAUUUGGAUAAACGAUGAGAAGUUGCCUUUCUGCGACGAAGACUGCAAGGCAGUGGUCGACUCCGGGACAUCGCUUCUGGCUGUUCCGACUCCCAUCUUUCCCGAGUUGUACGAAAGACUGAGGGCUCCCGCGUCUCUAUCCGGUGACUGCUCUUCGCAAAGCCCCAAGCUCAAGAUUCAGCUAGAUGGCUUCACCCUUACCUUAGAUGGAGAGGACUUCAGCCGGCUUGACCAGAAGGGACCGGCACGUCCACUUUCGUGGGGACAGUCGCAAACACCUGCAGAGGGCCCAACUCGGCGUGACAUGAUGUGCAAGCCUAUGCUGAUGGUGAUGGAUUUGCCAGAGCCUAUAGGACCCAAGCUCUUCAUCCUCGGCGAGCCUGUGCUCAAGAAGUUUUACACGGUUUACGAUGCGGAGAAGAAGCGUCAGGGAUCCCAGCAUGGAUUGACACAUUUGCAAGCACAUGAGAGCCCACAGGUGGAUUAA